AAACAUGCGCUGAUGGAGCAGGUCGCCCACCAAACCAUCGUCAUGCAGUUCAUCCUGGAGCUGGCCAAGAGCUUAAAGGUCGACCCCAGGGCCUGUUUCCGGCAGUUUUUCACCAAAAUUAAGACGGCCGACCAGCAGUACAUGGAGGGUUUCAACGACGAGCUGGACGCCUUCAAGGAGCGGGUGCGGGGCCGGGCCAAGGUGCGCAUCGAGAAGGCGAUGAAGGAGUACGAGGAAGAGGAGAGGCAAAAACGCCUGGGCCCCGGAGGGCUGGACCCCGUGGAGGUCUACGAGUCCCUUCCUGCU